CCGAUAUUAUACAAUAAUAUAGAUAUCUGUGGAAAAUGGUAAGCAUUUUAUCUAACCAAAUAAGAAAAACCUAACCUAACCUAUUAUUAACUUAAUAAUAAAUGAUAACAUAACUCAUUCAUAUUUAAAUAUACAUUUUUCAAAAAUUAGAAAAAAUUGGUUAUCGUUGCGCGAUUGGGUACUGUUGUAUUUUUUUAUACUCUGUAACACCAGCUGAUUUGUCUACACUCAUAUUAUUAUUACAUAUUAUUAUUAUACCUAAUCAGAUAAUAAAGAAAUUCUUGCCCUCCCACCAAUUCAGGCUUUCAGAAUUCUACUCUUGACGGCGAGUGAUAAAGACGUCGUCGUAGUCAGAUGACGUGAAAAACAUAAACGAAAGCAGUGCAAAAUACAAAUAGUAAUAUAACAAAAUAUAACCACUGAAGAGAUAAUAAUUACGACAAUAGAUCAGGUACAGUUAAUUCAUUAUCUAAUAUACCCACUGUCGCCGUCAAUAAAUUCUGCUGCGUAUUUCCCAUGUAAAAAUAAACGCGUUAUCGAUUCAAUUGGUUUAGAGGAAGCCUUUGUUUUCUACUUUUAAACCAGGUCCAAGGUUCCUUCUCUUCGAUAGGCGAUGUUGACAUCAUCGAUCGCCUGCCGCGUUUGAAGCCCCCGUAUCCUCUCUAGUCGCGACUUCAAUGGUCGCACGUCUGACCUCACUGUCAUAACCCACGAAACCAUAAGGCGAACGAAUAGGUAAGAAAUACUUCUUUUUUUUCAAAUUUAAUCUAUAAACAAAAUAAAAAAGUUUGAAGUGAUAAUUAUAAAUCGUAGUUUGAAGUAAUGUUGUGUUAUCAUUUGUUUUUUCCAUACAGCAAUGCCUAUCCAAGCACCACAGUGGACAGAAUUUCUAGCGUGUCCGGUAUGUUGUAAUGGCUUUGAUGUUAAGGUCCGACAUCCUAUAAGUUUAGGAUGCGCCCAUACUAUAUGCAAAUCAUGCUUGUCUAAUCUACCUAAAAAACAGUGUCCAUUCGAUCAAGUAAGUCUGGCCAAUUUUAAUUUAUGUUGGUUCUUAUUAUGUUGCUCUUAUAAAUUAGCCUUAUAAUCUUUAACCACCUACUAUAUUGUUAAAUAGUCUUGUAGGUGUUUGUUGAAUAAAUCAAAGAAAGUAUUUAUUUGACAUUGACUAGGUACGUGUUUAUAUAAAACUAAUUAUUGAUUACUCUAGAUAUAAUACAACAUUAAAUUUAAAUAAAGAAAAAUUUACAAAUAAUACUUAUCUAUAUUAAAAAAAUAGUGCCAAUUUAAACAAUUUAUUUCAUAAAAAAUUUAUAUUUUUUAUUGACAAAUGCUUUUGUUUACAUUACAUACAUUUGUUACAUUACCUAUCUACUAAAUAAGUAAGACAAAUUUUUCAAAUUAUUAACCUUAUGCAUUAGCUGUCUUUUUUAAAUAACAUAAAAUCAAUUUGAAUUAAAUGGUACUUUGGAUAAUUAUUAAUAUCUAUUAAUAAAUUUUGUUGUUUCCAAAAUUCUAUAAUUAAUAUUUAUUUAAUUAACUGCAUAUUAAAUAUUUAAAAAAAUCCAUUCUAAUACUUAGAAGGUAAUUUAUUUUUUAUUGUUAAUUUUGAAAUAUUUAAUUUAUGAAUAUUUAUCAGCUUGUUAUGGUUUCUUUUCGUAGUUAUUAUUAAACAUCUUUAAACAUGCAUAAAUAUAUCAUAUUUUAAUAUAAAAUCUAUGAUUUACCUAUUUAUAACUUUCAUAAUGAUUCUAUCUAAAACUAAUCUAUUAUUAUAUAAUAAUUCUGUACUCAAAGAUACUCAAAUUUUUGAUUAUUUUCAUCUAUAAAUUUAUAUUUCUUUGUGACUAAUACAAAUUGUUUUACAAAACUUUAACACAUCAUUAUUAAUAUUCUUUAAAUGGUAGAAAUACUAAUAUUAAUAUUAUAUUUUGAUAAUUUUUAAAUAAAUGUAUCUAUUGUGGAUAUAAUGUUGUACACUUUUGAACUUUACACUUUACACUUUCUGGUGUUAAUUUCCAUCACCUUAUUUCCGUUACUUAUGAUAACUGGACAUAGUGCCAUAUAUCUUUACAAGGAGGGAAAAAUUUACAAGAACAUAGGGCUAACUCAAUUAAAUCAAAAAUGAAUAUGAUGUCUUUUAAUUGUGGGGUAAAAAAUAUAGGUAUCUAAAUAUAUGUCCCUAACUAAAAUUAAGAUUUAUGUUUUUUGACUACUAACCAUAGUGUAACAGUAACUCAAUUUAUAUACUAUGUAUUUGUUUAUAUGUUAAAUAAUUUUGGAUUAAACUACAUGUUUAUAUGUACAAGUGUUGAAAAUCAAAUAGAACAGACAUUUUUCUAAUAAUAAGUAAAUAUACAAAACACAAAAAUGUUUUAUACACACCUAUAGGGUGGUUUUUUAUUCUGAUAUGCAUAACACUAACAUCAAGUAUUACAUUUAUGAGUUAUAAGUGUAUAAUGGUGUACAAUAUAGUCUGAGAAAAAAAGGGAAAAUUAGAAUUGACAUUAUUAUUUAGGUUGGGUGGUAUUGUAGAGUUAAUUGUCAAACAUAAAAUGACAUAAUAUAUAUUAGAACUGCACCAAGUAUCAAUUUUGAUAGUGUAUCGAGUAAUAUCACAUUUUUUUGACAGGUCCCUGGUAUUCUGUCCAGAUGCCAGGUAAUAACAAAUUUUUUAUUUGGUAUUUGCAUUUUUCACUGGGUUAUAAAAAAAAUUUGUGGUUACAGCAAUAUAUUAUAUAGUUUAUAGUGAUAAGAAAAAACCGACAACAAAAAUCUUACAAUCUUGUAUUAUACAUAUAAUAGUCGCCACAUAUUCAAAUGGUUGCCUACUCAAGAAUACUGGGAGCAUCAAGUUUAUCACUAAUAAAGCUUUGGAUAAAUUUAAAAUCAAUUUUAUGAUAUUUGACAGAUGUAAGGCUUAGAGCUAAAAUAUUAGUGAUUAGACUCUAAUUGUGUUUUUGAUGAAUUUAAUAAAUAAUUGGCAAAUCCCAUAAAUCUGUUUUGUUUGAUAGUUUGUUGAUAGUUUAAUCUAUCUUUCGUAUGUCAGCGUUAAGAAAUGGUGACCAUAGUGUUAAACCAUACAAUUAUAUAAAGUGAAAGACAUGGCUUUGAGUCAAAUUGUUAUGUAUUUCUACAAAUGAAGCCAAGAGUAUACGCAUUAGUCCAAGAAAGACCCAAAUAGAUUAUGAAUUGCCUUUUGUAUUUUAAUGUGAAUUUUUUAAAAAAAACUGGAAGGUUACUGUUUAUUCGGAAAUUCCUCUUGAAAUUAAAACUUGGCUGAAUAGCGGGUCUCAAUAACCUCUAUAAUAACAACUUUAAUAUGAUGUACUUCCUUUAGUUUAUUGAUUUUUAUUUUAUAGAAUUUGAUAAACAUUGAUAUUGAUCAGCUACCGAUCAAUUAUGCUCUACUCCAAUUAGUAGGAGCAUUAAUACCAAUUAAUGAAAACAUUCCAAAAUCUUUAUUCAAAAGUAUGACAUCAGAUGAACGGCUGUUAUAUAGUAAAUCAAAAAAAUGUGUAGAAUACCUUGCAUUAUACCUUAAAUCAUUUGCUACUGGUAAGUAAUUUUAUUAAAUAAAUAUUAAAUUUAAAAAUGUAAAUAUUUGUAAUAAAUGUCUAGGUGGGGGUCAAUCAACUAGUGCAGGACUAUCACGGCCUAUGCAACGUAAACUGGUGACAUUAGUUAAUUGUCAAAUUUUAGAAAAUGAAGGUCGAAUGAGAGCUAUCAGAGCUGCCAGAUCUUUAGGUGAACGUAGUAUGACAGAACUUAUUCUUCAUCAUCAGAGUGCUCAACAAUUAUCAACAAACUUGUGGGCAGCUGUUCGAGCUCGUGGUUGUCAAUUUUUGGGACCAGCAAUGCAAGAAGAAGUUUUAAAACUUGUCCUACUAGCUUUAGAAGAUGGUUCUGCUUUAUCAAGAAAAGUAUUAGUAAUGUUUGUUGUUCAGCGAUUAGAACCACAUUUUCCACAAGCGUCUAAAACCAGCAUUGGACAUGUAGUUCAACUACUUUACAGAGCUUCAUGUUUUAAGGUAUGUUGAUAGUCAGUGUACUAAUUAUUAGUAUGUAUAUGUAUAAAAUGUAACAAUACUAUUUUUUUUAAAUAUAUAAAAUUAAUUAAAAAUUAAAAAAUGUGUUAAUAGAUAUUUAAGUUUUUUUUUUUUUAUAUAAACUGUAGUUGCAACCUAUUUUUAUUUUUUUUAUACAAAUAUAUAUAAAUAAUAAAUAAAUAUAUAAAUACAAAAAAUACACGAAUAAAUGUAUCCCUGGAGUAUUAUAUUAAGUGUAUUAUAUACGACCGGUUUUGAAUUAAAAUUUAUUAUUGGGUGUAUCACAGUCAAAAUUUAAAACUCGACUGACUAUAAAAAAUUAUAUUUUAUAGCUAAGUAUUUCAUUUUGUUUAGGUAUCCAAGCGUGAAGGAGAUUCUUCAUUAAUGCAGUUAAAAGAAGAGUUCCGAACCUAUGAAAGUUUAAGACGUGAACAUGAUGCCCAAAUUGUGGAAAUAGCUACUGAAGCUGGCCUUCGCAUAGCUCCUGAUCAAUGGUCAGCUCUUCUCUAUGGUGAUUCUGCACAUAAAUCACACAUGCAGAGCAUCAUGGAUAAGUUACAAAGCCCACAGUCAUUUUCGCAGUCUGUUCAAGAACUUAUAAUUGCUUUACAACGAACUGGUGAUCCAGCUAAAUUAUCAUCAUUACGACCACAUUUUGAACUCUUAGCUGGAGUUGACUCCAAUCCUAGUAAGUUUCUUUUAAUGUUAAAAUAUUUUAGUGUGUUCCAACUAAAUUUUUUGUUUGUUUUUUUUUUUGUAAUAGGUUUGGAGUGGUGUACUUGGGAAAAGUUAAAUUCUGUUCUUGAAAGUGCUAGAAUUGUGGUUACAGGUUUAACUGAUUUUGUUAAAUCACAUGGCAGUACUAAUAAAAGUAUAAAAAAUGAAUCUGUUCAAAGUCAAACAAAUGUACCUAGAUAUAAAGUCAGUUUGUGUAGAGACCUUAUGAUACGAGGUACAUGCCCAAGAGGAGGAGGUUGUACAUUUGCUCAUUCUGAAGAAGAAUUAGAGAAGUAAAUUUAUUUGUAACAUUUGUUUUUGAUAUUUAUACUUUAUUACUGUUUAUGAUUUAUAUUUAGGUACAGAAAUAAGAAUAGAAAAAAUAGAGUAGUACCAUUGACUGUUGACCAUGAAUAUUUAACAAAUAAACCUACAUUUAUGCCAAAAGAACAGUAUGAUUUCAUCCAUAAUAAAAAACCAAAUAUGUUGUCUGAAAGUAGGAUCUCAGAUCUUCUAAAUUGAUUAUAAUAUUUAUAUUACUAAUAGUGUUAAAAUAAUUUUUUAGAUUCCCAAGAUAUGGGUUCUAUCCCCAUGGAACAUUCAUAUAUUGUACCAACUGGUCAAACAUAUUAUCAACCUGGUCAACAGCAAAUUUAUCCUGUGGGACAAUCUGGCCAACAGCAAAUGUAUCCUGUUGGACAGUAUGGUCAUGAGCUGUAUGGGUAAGUGUAAUAAUUUGUUCUGUGUAGCCGUAGAUGAUUACCCUAUAAUCAAUUUAAAACUUGAUUUUUUUUAGUCCUGGACCACAUUCUCAUGGAAUGUUAAUUAAUUCAAACAACCAAAUGUACAUGGAUCAUAACUUACCAAAUCAUUCUAAUAAAAUGGUAAUAAUUUGUAUUUGAAUGCCAAUUAUAUAUUUAUCUAAAUAAACAAUUUUAUUUUUUCAGAAGAAUUUAUCAUCAAGUUUAAUGUCUCUUCAGAAUCGUAAACAAGAACUUUUGGGUCAAAUAGACAGAGUAAUGACAGCUUGUACUCUUACACCUGAUCAAGUAGUAAGUUAUUUAUUUGUGAGAAAUAUGAAUGGAAAGGGUAUCUACUAAUUCUUUAUAACUCGUAUUACUUGAUAUUUAUAAUCUAAUGGUACAUGCAUGAAUGUUAAAGGAUUUUGAUCGUUAUUCUAUGUGGGACAAUGGAAGUUUAUUUCAUGCUAAAAAUGGAUUGCCUUCUCCUGUUAAUAUUCAAGCUGGACGCCCUGUUUUAAUUAGGUAAGAAUACAAUAGUUGAUGUAUGUAUUGAUUAUAUUUCAACGUAAUAUUAAAUAUUUCGGCAGGAUGACCGUGAAUUUAAAUUUGGUUUUCGGGAGGUCGAUAGGGAGUACUGAAAUUGAGAUUAAUUUUCAAGAAUUUCAAAACUUAUUUCGCUUGCAUUUCUAAUGGUCAACUUAUUAAUUUAAUGUAAUAAAUUAAACAGAUUCAAAAUGAAUUUAAAUUUUAAACAUUAUCUAUCAAUAAAGCAAAAUUGUUCUGACUGUGUAUUUAUUAAUACAACCAUCAUUUAUAGAUAUUUUAAUCAAAAUAUAUUUUGUUCUAUACUUACUUAAUUAUUUGUAAAAAUUAUUUUUUCAUAAUAUUUUAUUAAUUUUACUAAAAUGUAUUUAAAAUAAAAUUUACUCUCGUUAUUAUAGGUCAGAUUCAAUUUUAGCUGAUCCAGACGAAUUUGUACCAUUUGAAUUAGCUGUAAAUGGUAAGUACGGUCCAAUAGGAGGUAAUGGAGUUAAUCCAGCAGUACCUCCUCCGCCACCACCUCCACCAUCAACCAAUAAUAACAACAACCAAUCAGUUGGUGCAAAAAAUAGCAAGUCAAUGCGUAGACCAUGUACAUUGUCAAUACCCACACAAGCUGCAGCUGCACAGGCACAGUUUUUUAGUUCGACUACAACUACAACUAUAACAACGCCUCUAGGCACACUGCGUGGAGCCCGUAAUAGUCCAGUAGCAGCUUCCUGGUAUUUCAAUUCACCGCAAGGUUAUCCAGCUGCUGCACACAUAGUUGCAUCCCCUGUAGGUGCUGCGAUUGGACAGAGUUACAUUACCAUACAUAGUCCAGCAGGCAUAAUCGAACCACCAAAUUUUUUUGGUGGCCACAAAACUCCUAAAAAGUAUAUAGCACUAAAAAAAAGAAGUUAGUAUAUUAGUAAUUAUGCUAUCUUUCAUUUUUUUUUUUUCUACAGUUUGAUGAUAGAGUCUCAAAAAAUGAAAAGUCAGUUGAAACAUCUAGAAAAAAAAAUUAACGAUCUUAAGGUGAGGUAAUAAUUGAACCAUUUCAGUUGUUAUUUCAACUGUCAUAAAUUUAUCUAUCAUAAUGAUGCCUUGUAUAUUAAUUCAAGGCAAUCAAUAUUAUUUAGUCUAAGACAAAUAAAUAAAUAAAUUUUGUUCAAAAUUUAUUUAUAUAAACUUGAUACUUAUUGGCUACAGUGUUUUCUGAUAAGUAAUAUAAAUUUUUUUAAGUGGGUGGCUAUAUUAAAAAUGGGUUUUUUUGAGGAUAUGUAAGACUAGGAUAGUACCUAAAUGUAGAGUUAAUUUUGAAAGUGUUUUUCCAUUUGAUAUGUGCUAAAACUGGAAGAAAUUUGUUUUGUCUAUCAACUCUUUAAACUCUUAGCUCAACAAGGAAUGUAUUAGUUGGUUUAUUUAGGGGUACUACGAAUUCAUUUUUGGGUCACUGUAUUAUUAUUCAUAUCAAGAAAAACACGUUUUUUAAUUUGUGAUUGGUCAAAUUGAAAUUGCAUCUAAUUUAAUUGUUCACUUUUAUACUAGUUUUUCUGCUUCACCAACAAUUAUAGACUUUGAAUGCAGUAAAGAAUGUGUUUGUUGUAAUAUGAUAUGUGUGUUUUUUUUAAAAAGGUUUUAAAUGGUUUUAGUAUGUGUUUUUUUUUUUCUGUCUAUUAACAAUUGUUCUAAUAAAAAUCUCACUUUAAUCACAAAAUGACAAAAAAGUUUUUUCUAGAAUUUCGGGUCUGAUUGAUGUAUUAGGGAGAUUAAUUUUUGAAUUACCUUAAUAUUUAAAUAAUAAUUGACAAAAAAACGAGAGAGUUUUACAGAAAUAAAAAUUUCAUUAUUUUCGAAUUUGCUUUUUUUAUUAUAAUUUAGUUAAAAAGACAUGUAGUUAUCCACAAAUUACUUACAUUAACCUUUUCUAGAUGUAGUAGAAUUUUUAAAACAUUCUAGCAAUCUUUGAGAUAUUUAUAGGCAUUUGAUAUUCAUGAGUUGUUAAUAUUUGAUUAGGUUUUAUGUGGAUAAAAUUGUGAAGACAGCAGAAUUGUAUUUCAUUACCUAUUUGAAUUCUUUAAGAUAAAACUUAGUUUUUAUUAAAUUUUAUGUAGAUAAAAUUGUGUUAAGGUGUGGCUUAUAUUCUUAACAAUUUAACACGAGGUUCAUCACAAGAUUUACUUGGUUAAAAAUGUUUGAAUCAUCUUGUACUAUUGUGCCAAAAAAAAAUAUUAUCAUUUGAUAUCUGGACUCAAAUUUAAUGGUUCAUCUAUAAAUUGGCAUUUACUGUUUAGAAAAUUGUCAAACACCUAUUGUACUUUGGUUUAUUUAGUAGCAUUGUUAUUAUAGCCUCAUCUACUUCAAUUGCAAUUUUAAAAAUUACAUUACUAGAUUAGAUUUUAUGUUAUGUAUUUAAUAUAUAAUUGUAUAAUAAUUAAUUUUAAUUUGAAUAUUAAUAUUAAUAUUUAAGCUUGCCACUCAUAAUGUGGCUGCUAAAGAAACUGACAAAUUAUCUGAGGAAUUGGCCCAAAUUGAAAAAGACAUUCAAACGAAAGAACAACAAUUCUUGGUGUGUACUACUUUUUUAAUAUCAUUAUAUAUUUUUAAUUUUUUUUUUAUUUAAAUUAAAAUAACGUAAUAAAAUAUAUUGGGUAUGUACCUAUGUAUACUGGAUUAAAAUAUUUAAUUUUAAAAUUUUAAAAAUGUUUUAUUUGUUAUAAUACCUAAUAAUAAAUACUUUUUAUUUUAAGACACAAUGGCAUUCUGAAACAGCCACAAUAACUACUUGGGGUGAUGGAAUAUGGUCAAGUACUACUUCUUCAGGAUUCACUACUCAACCAGUAAGAUAUAAGUUACCUAAUUUACAGCUUCUAGAUUUUUAAAAUUUAGGUGAAACAAUGAAUGUAUUGGUUGUACAACUAUGGAGUUUUGUUAGUGUUUGUAAAUCUGUAUUUGUAUAUCUGGCAAUGUCUUAAUACGUUGAUUGUGUAUGAUGUCAAUUGGUAUCAUUUAAUAUGUUCACCUAUGCAGAUAACACUAAAUAAUGUUAUUGAUACUUAAUUUUUCAAUGUACUAUAACUCACUUUGCAGAUUAAAGAACUUGUGUUUUACUGUUAAUAUUUACUAAUAUUAUUUUAGAAGACGUGAUAUCAGUAUAUGCUGUUUAUUUUGUAGUUCAGCAAAGACAACAUUGUACUGUUAGUUUUAAUAUUAGAUUAAAUUAACUCAUCAUCAAACAUAAAAAUAAGAACAUUAUCUGUGUAAAAUUGGUGCUAUUAUGUUAUAUACAUUUUUAUGAGUGUGAAAUACCACAAUUUAAUCAUGUUUAUAUCUCGCUUGAAAUUUAAAUAGCACUUUUUAAGUUUGACAAUGGGUCAGUUCAUUUUAAUAUAAAAAUUAACUGCACAAUGUUGUUUCUGUAGAAUACAAAUUUAUUAUGCUAUACGUUUAUAAGAGAGUGACUACACACAUAGAAGUCACACACUCUAAAUACUUACAGACACUCGUUUGCCAAUAAUAAAUAAAAAUUUAUGUCAGGUUAAAAAAAAUGCCACUUAUUUUUGUCAGCACUUAGGUACAUACUUACAAAUGAUACACAAUGAAUGUGUUAAAUAACAAUUUUGACAUUUCCAUUUAUUAAUAGAAAAUUAAAAAAAAAUGUAAAUUGUUUGUAUUAUUGGUAUAGAACUGUAAUAGGUAGGCAGAGAAGAUGAAAAGAUUUGUAGGGUAGUUAAUUUAAAUCUGUAUGUAACAACAAAUCUUGCAGACGAUUUGUCUUAACUCAUAAGUGAAAUAUAGUAAAUAUCUUUUGAUUUUAAAUUAACAAUUGUAUUAAUUUGAAUUUAUAACUAAAACCACUGUUUAAAAUUUACAAAAUUAUUAUCUAUACUAACCAAAGAAAAACUAGACGAUUUCAGAUAGCUAUAUGAAUAACUAAUAAAAUACCAAAACAAUUUUGCAAAUUGUUAUAUAUCUAGAAAGUAUUUUCUACUAGGAACAAUUUUUUUAAAUCAAACUACAAGUAAAAAUAAAUUUGAAUUUAACAAAAGUUGUUAUUUUGUAAAUAUUCCCUUUUUUUCUUCAAAACUACAAGUAAAAUCAAUAUAUAACAUUUCUAUUGUUCCGACUAUAUGAAAAUUUUCUACUAAAAACCAUGCCACGUUGAUGGCCAGAAUAACAGAGAAAAAAAAUACUUCCCAUAGUAAAACCAAUACAUUUUUUGCUAUGUUUAGAAUCUAAAAUAAACAAUAAUACUUAUUUUGUUAUGUUAUCUGUGUAAUUAUAUUCUAUAUAAUAAUUGUAGGAUGAUACUUAUAACAGAAAUGGUAAUGUUAAACAAUCAGAAUUAAAAUGGGAUGAUAGUGAAAAUGAAGCAGAAAAACCUAUAGUAGAAGAAGUUUAAAACAAAACAGGUAGGUAUUGACUGUGGUGUAUAUACAUAUUUUAACCAUUGAAAUUAACCAAUUUUAUUCACAACAUGAUGCUUAAUAAUUAGUUGAAACAACAAUGUGAUAUUUGUAUUAUUAUAAUUAUUAUUUUUGAUAAUUAUUAUUGUAGAAAAUUAAAUUAUAUUAUUGUAUUAUUAUUUUUUAUUAAUGAAAAUUUAACAUUUCAUCGGAAUUAUUUGAAACCGUAACUAUUUUUAUAUAAGUAACAAUAAUUUGUUAUAUUUGUUUUGUGAUUUAUUUCUUCUUGUUAUAUAUAUAUAUACAUUUUAUAAUAUAUAUGACUUAACUAAGAUUCUCAAUGGUUACCAUAUUGUUUAUUGUAUUGUGAUUAAUGUUUAUUUUUAAAAUAAUUAUAAAAUAUGAAAUUAUUAUCAUGUCAAACAUGAAUUAUUGUUAUCUAAGAUUAUAAAAAUUGUAUUUUUAUACUAUAGCUUUAUCGUAAAAAAUAAAAUGUAUAAACUACACGAUUAUAUUAAUCUAUUAUUUAUGUUGAGGGUAAAAUUAUAUUAGUUAUUUUAUUUUAUACAAAAAAUAUAUAUUAUUUAUUAUCUUUAAUUGGUGGUAUUGGUAUUUUAACAUAAUAUAAAUAAUAAUAUUAUUGUUUUCUUUUUAUAUACAUAUACCUAACUUAACUUGUGUUAAAUUAAAAGGC